AUGCAUCGAGUGGAAGAGUUCCUUUGUAAGUGUAUACAAUAUGAAAGGUUUAAAGACGCUGUAUAUAUAGUAGAGUGUCUGUCGAUAGACCAGCAAAAGGACAGGCCUCUUCUGUUGGGGUAUUUGUUUAUGCGCAAUUCUGAGUACCGGAGGGCCCUUCAGUACUUAUGCAAAGAUGACACGUGUACGUCUCUUUACUACCAAGCACUUUGUCACAGGCACUUAAAGGAGCAUACGAAAGUGAAGUACAUAGCAGUUGAGCUACUAGAAAAGAUAAAGACGAGAGAGCCUUCAAGAAGGUGCACGCCUUUAGAGAAUAUGUAUGUUUUAGAAAUGGACAGAACAUUUGUGCUAGCUCUACUGGCUGAAGCAGAGACAGAGACGGGGUGUCCAGAUAUGGGGCUAAAAAGAUGUGUUGAAUCAGCGGCAGCCGGGAGUCUUUUAUACUCUGUGUACAGGCCCAUGCUAGAGGAGAGUACUAAAGUGGCCAGAAGGCAGGAGAGAGUAGAUGAAAAUCGGUCGAAUGAGGAGACUACAGACAGUAAAAAAAGUUCGUUAGAGGAAAGUACAAAAAUUGAGAGGAAGAUUAUGGCAAGACUAGAAAAGGAGACAGGUAAAAGCACAGAAUGUAUUAUAAGAAACAUUGCACAGGAGUGCUCACUGUUAAAGAAUAUAUCUAUGGGGAUUCUUUCUUCUGUCUCUUCAUAUAUUUCACUGUUUAACCAGAUGCCCAUAUACAGCAUAGCAAGUGUAGCUGUGCAUAUAUUUGAGUGCGGAUAUAUGCAGAAAGCAGGCACUGUCUUUGAGUACAUCAGAGUGCGUGAUUCUUACUACAUUGAUACAAUGCACUACUACUCCAGUAUUUUAUGGCAUAAUAGAGAUAAAGGUCUGCUUACUUCUCUUAGCAGGGAUAUAUUCGGUGUUAAUCCUGCAUCAAAUAUUUCCUGGGCUGUCCUUGGGAAUCACUUCAGCUUGAAAAAAGAAACUGAAAAAGCCCUAGAGUGUUUUGAGAGGAGUUUGGCCAUUAGUAAGGAUCCUUAUGUCUUAUGUUUAUUAGGGCAUGAGCAAUUUAUGAACAGCAAUCUUACAGAGAGUCUCAAGUGCUUUAUUGAAUCAAUGAAAAUUAAAUCAGAGAAUUACAGUGGAAUAGCCGGGUGCGGUUUAAUAUACGAAAAAAUAGGAAAGAAGGAAAGUGCAGAAUAUUGUUUUACUAGAGCCAUAGCAACAAAUCCGCAGAAUAUUCUUCUUGCAUAUUUAGCAGUUAAGUAUUUUGUAUCACAAGUAAAACUAAGCAGUGCGUAUUCACUUCUGCAGAAGUACUUGCACAUAAAAGAAGGAAUUGAAUCAGUUGCUGCAAAAGUACAGAGUGAUUCAAAAUGGGUUGAGAAAAUAUAUGCUCAGGCAUCUACAAACGAGCAGACAGCUAGUUUAGUUGGAUCCUUUUUGCUUGAACUCUCGUACAUUCUAGUGCACAGUGGUCACAUGCAAAGUGGAGAAAAGCUUGCUAAAGAGUCCACAGGGAAGGGCCAGUACUUCCAAACCCGGAAGAAUAUUCUAUUUGAUAUAAUAUCCAACAUUGCAUCGGGUAAUACAUCAGCAACCCUCUGAGUGACCAGGUGUAUAUGCUAAGAG